AUAGUGUUUAGAUAUUGAAAUAGAAUAUAAGAAGAAGUUUAAGGUAAAUUUUGAAGAGAAGACAAUUCAUAUAUUAAAUAUUAUAUACUCGCGUGAAUUUAUUAACGAAAAGUAAUUAACUGUUAUAAAAAUAAAUUGUUGCUAAGCGUGAAGAAAUAAGAAGAAAAAGUUAUAGUUUAAAUGUGUGUGUAAAAAUUGGACGAAUAUUAUUUACUUUUCUAUUUGUCUUUUUAUUAUUGCGACUAGAAACGCAAUUCUCAAGGUUGAAUCACGCGUGACGUAUAUUAUUAGUCAUCGUUCGCGAGAAAAGAACUAUUGUGAAACGUUAACAUUAUCGUCGUCUAAUAUAAAGUAAAGAAAAAAUAAAGAAACAAGCACAUACACACACACUACUAACAUACAUACACAGAAAAACGAAAAAAAAAAAAGAAUAUAAAAUGGUUGGCGUGUCAUCAUACCUCGAUGCGAUUCAAGAAAUCAAAGGAAUGACCCCGGAUAAAAAAUAUCAAACUAUAUUAGAACAUAUAAAAAAAUAUGUGAACAUUGAAAGAAAAAUAUUAAAUUCCAAAAUCUGGGACGAAACGGGACAACAUUUGCGACCAUUAUAUAAAUUGAUAAUCGCCAAUAUGACACGAAAUUACAAUAUGAUAAGUGAAUUGUUGAAAUCUGAGGACGAGUUUAUCACUUGCAAGGUACUCAAAUGCAGAUGGUAUUUUCAGGGUAAGAAUGAGAAGGUCAUUAAUCCGAAACAUUUUUUUCGAAAUAUCAUACCGUUCGUAACGUUGAAAACUAGACAGGAAAUAGUUAAAUCUUUGGGUCGUAAUUUGAAGAAUCGAAAAAUGGCUGAAAAAUUUUUCAUCGAGUUUGAAUUAAAUUAUGGUGUUAAUUAUUCGAUACCAUUGUUGUUCGCAUGCAACGACGAUUUCGUUAAAAAGAAAAUAUUGGAACAUAGGAUCAUUUUUUCCGUCAAUCAAGUCGACAGAUUGUAUUUACGUAAACCCAACGUCAUCAUUUAUUAUUUCAAUUUAAUCGAAUCGAGAAAUAACGUGCGAACUUCAGUCAUAUCCCAGGAUACAAUUCAAAAGUACGUGAAAUUUUUACCGAAAUUAAUUAAAAGGAAUCACAAUAUGUUCUACGACAUCGUAAAGUCAUGGUCGUUGGAAGUGCAAUAUCGUUCUUUGGAUAAAAAAUAUGUUAAGAAUAUCUUAAAAAAAAAUAACAACGGUGAAAGUAUAUUGGAAAAAAAUCCACGUAUAUGGAUAGAAUUUAUAGAUCGAAAAAUGAUAAGCGAAAUAAUGAUGAAUACUAUAUUUCCUAAAUUAUUACCCGAAUUUAUUAAUAAAUUUAAUACGGAUAAAAUGAUAAGAUAUUUAGAACAUUAUCCGAAAGAUAAAAUAUACAAAUUAAUAUCGGAAUCUUACGAAAGUGUUUAUAAUAAAAAAUUUAUCGAUAAUUUAGAUAACAUUACGUUUGAAUUUUUACCAUUUGUACCGAAAAAUAUACGAAACGAUGUAUUACAUUUAUUAAAAUUAGAUUUUACAGAAUGUGUUAAUAAUUACCAGCGUAAUUACGAUUCAUAUUUACCGACCAGCGCCAAUAUCGACAACAUCAAAGCUCAGAUAAAGAAAGCUGAUAAUCCCAAUGAUAGGGUACCAUUGAUAAUAAAAAUGGUUUACAAUUGUAAAGUAAACGACGACUGUGAUGCACUUUAUCAAUUUUUAGAAUACGUAUAUAGAAGACACAGAAACGAGAGGAGUGAAUUUUGGAUAUCAUUUUUCAGCGGUUUCUUAAAGAUAUACGAAUUGAAUGAAAUACGAUUGAAGGAAUGGUCAGGUAUCGAUUUGUUGAUUCAAAAUUUAUGCAGGAAUUGUAUGUUUCACAAGAUUCCAAAUUAUUCGCUUAUCUUGCAAGUAUCGAUUCUCGUUAAAUAUAAAGAUUUCUAUAUGUUUAAUUCGGCAAAAGAAUUUAUAAAUAUUUAUUUGCAUAUGGUACGGGAACAUUAUAUUAACCGUUGGUCAAAAUACGAUGGUAAUCCGCAAGACGAAGAUUUGUUUUUCACGAUAAUGUUAGAUUACGUUGAAAAGAAAUUUGUAAAGAACAAAUCAGAACAGGAUACGAGCUCGAGUGAAUAUAUACAAGAAACAUAUUCGGGUUCGGAAUCAAAUCGUGAACAUUAUUCCGAUGCGGAAUCAAAUCGUGAAAAUAAUUCAUAUUCCGAAUCAAAUCGUGAAUAUAAUUCAUAUUCCGAGUCAAAUAGUGAAAACUAUUCGGAUUUUAAAUCGAAUAGUGAAACUUAUUCGUAUUCGGAUACGUCGUUAAACACUAGUGAGAAAAAAUUAUGGGACGAUGAAGUUAGGAUUUUUUGCGUAACCGAUCUCGUAUUAACUAUGUACGAAUUGGAUAAAAAAUAUGGCAUUUAUACGAAUAAUAAGAAGAUAAAGAAGAAGAAGACGACAAUCAUAAGAAAUACAAUAUUAUCCGUGCCAUUUAGAAAAUGGAGAUCCAAAUGGCUUUGGUCACAAGUCGAAGAUUUGUUAACGAAUAAAGAUAAGAUACCGAAAAAAUCAAUGAAAUAUUUCAAUGAAUUAGAGAGUUCCGUAAAACAACGGGAUCCGGAAUUAUACGAAAAAUUAUUAGAUGUAACUUUACCCGAAGAAUUUAAUUUCAAGGUAAGCGCACCGUUUAAAAUGUUAAAGAAAGAUCCUAAACAGGUGUUGAACAAUAUACCAUAUUUCUUAGACACAGCUGUAAAAUCUAAUACAUAUCAUUCGAGAAGAAUAAGACGUUUUUUUAUUAUGUGCCGUUGGUACAAUAAAUUGCCAAUGAAAUUCGUCGAGGAAGCUAAAAGACGUUUAUCAUCCAAACACGUACCGUAUUAUCUUUAUCUGAUGGCAAUUAUCUUGGACGGUCAAAGUUUUCAAGAUGCUUAUAAGAAAUAUUUGUCGGAAAAUGGUAUUGAUAAUUUCAACGAAUUAAGUAAAAUGUAUCAUCUUGAAAAUAAAAAAUUAUAUUUAUUGGAAGGCCUGUUAAAGGGUAUACAAAUGUCAAACCCACCAUUACCUUUGGAAACUAUGGCAGAUUUUUACGAAUACGAUUUUUCAUAUGUAUUGAAUAUAUCGGAAAUUAUCCUUAACGUGUGCAGAAAAUCAUCUUUUAAGAAGGUAAAAGAAUAUUUGCGUACGAUGUCGCAUAAAAAAGUAAUCCUUAAGAAAAAUGUCAUCAGAAUAUACGGAUUUGCCGAAACUAUUGAGAAUUUUGCCGAAUAUUUAUUGUCCAGAUGGAAAAUUGAAAAUGAACAUCCGUCAGUACGUAUAAUAAUAUUUAAAACAUCUAAUAAAUUGUUCGCGAAUAAUCCGAAAAAAUUUACCUGGUCUACGUUCAAAUAUAUUUUGGAAAGUUACGAGUUUGAAGAUUGGGAAUAUUACAGACCGAAAUAUAUUCAAACCGAUGUAAUACCAAUCGAAUAUAUCAAUGAUAUGAUCAAAACAAUUAUAUUAAUGACAACGAAAAUAAUCGACAUAAGUUUGUGUAAAAAUACAAAUGUGUAUAGAAUAAAAAAUAAGGUAUUAGAUUUUUUAUUCAGUACAAUAUACGUUCGUUUAAGUUCCUAUUAUAUCGAGUUUGUCGACGAUAAAAUAAUAUUAAAUUUCAUCGAAAAAUAUUAUUUCCAAGAAGAAUUUAUAAACGACGAACGUAUUUUAUUAAUAGUCGUUUGUAAUUAUUUAUUCGCCGAUAGGAAACAAUGUUUGCCGAGAUAUAAAAAAUUCUGCAAAAUAAUGGAAAAUAGAUGCGAGGAUUGGUAUAAUUUAGAUUUAAAAGACGUAAGUGAAAAUCCUAUAAGAAAAGGAAUUAGUAGUUUUAUCAAAAAAAUUAAAACUACUUUGUUGAGUAAGAACAAAUGUGAUUGGAUUUGUCCGUCUAUUGCAACACAAAUAAUCAACGAAACAUUGAAAACAUUUUACAAGGUUCCUGUAUACACAAAUAUCUGGUUAUACAUAAUGUUACAAUUCACAAAAUAUUAUAUCGUAUCGCCCGAAGAUUUUGUUGAAAAUAUUUGUACUAUAUUUAUUAAAAGCUGUGCCAAUUACAAAUGUUCCUAUAUUAUAUUCGCAAGAGCUAUUGAACAAUUUUUAUUUGCCAUAGACUGUAAUGACACUGAAGAUGUCUAUUAUCGUUUCAUAAAUAAUCUUUUAAACAAUCGUACAUGUACUUUGUCCAAAUUAACGGCAGUUUUACUUUUACCAGUAUCACCUACAGAUGAUAAUAUGUAUCAUGAAGUAUUGGAUAAAUUUAAAGCACUCAAUGAUCCAGAAGUAUUUUGUUUGUUGUAUACCAAACUUAACAGAUCCUGUUUUCUGGAUGAUAGUAGUUACUAAUUGCAAUUUUAAUGAAUCGUCCUCAUCAUUUUUUCUUUGU